GUCUGAGCAAGAGAGAGAGAGGGAAGAGACAGGCUUUGCCUUUUCUGGUAGUUAUAGUUGCUGAAAGAGCAAGCAGGAAUUCUUUGUGCUGUAGCAGAGAGAGCUGAGAUAUAAACCAGACUGUGGAGUUGAUAUACUGAGAGAGGAGGGAGUGCUGCCCAUGGACUAAACCUAAGCGUCCGCUACUCACUACAGCUAAGGUGUGACAACUAAGAGCUCUGAUGUAAGAAAAGCAGGGUCUGAACACAGAAGAAACUCUCCCAGGCCACCAUGGAUGACGACUUUGACCAGCGCAUGGAAUUGAGGAGGCAGAGGCGUGAGCAAAUGCGUCUAGACGCAGAGAAGGGCUUCAGCACAACUGAUGAUGAUGAGGAGGCGGCUCGCGAGCGUAGGAGAAACGCUCGUGAGGAACGAAUGAAAAAGGCGGAGAUGGAGGAGUCUAGCAGCAGCACCGUGACAACAGAGGUCAACAACACUCACAGUGUGACAGAGACAGAGUCCUCCUCCACCGGUGCAGAGGUGAGCUCCUCAGCAGGUGAUGGGGAUGACGUGGUACUCCUGGACCGCCUGGCCAAGCGGGAGGAACGCAGACAGAAGAGGUUGAAAGAGGCACUAGAUAGACAGAAGGAGUUCGACCCUACCAUCACCGAUGGUAAUGAGAACAGCCAGGAGGAGCCCUUCCCUAGCGGGCGCCACCGAGGCACAGAGGAGGAGAAGGAGGAGAAACCAGCCCAGGAGGAAGUAACCACCAACUCCUGGAGUAGAGAGGAGGAGAAGGAGGUGAAAGAAGAGGAGGCGACGCCAAAGGAGGAAGAGACUGAACCCGUCACAGAGCCUGAGAGAGCUGAGGAGGUGGAGGAAGAGAAGAAAGAGGAAGACAUUGAAGAAACACAAAUAGUACAAGAGAAAUGUAUUGAAUUUGUUGUACCCGCUGCACCACUACAAGAGUGCGGGUUUGAAAUAUCAAUUAUGCCCAAGAUGGCAGUAGAGGAUAAAUCUGUUGAUGAGAUCUCUAAGAAAGAAGAGGAAGAAAAACAGAAAAAAGAGUUGGAAGAAAAAGAGGCUGCAGCAAAACUCAAGAAAGAGGCUGAGGAAAAGGUUGAAAAAGAAAGGAAAGAAGCUGAAGAGAAAGCUGCAAAACUUAAAAAAGAAGAGGAAGAGAAAGCUGCAAAACUUAAAAAAGAAGAGGAAGAGAAAGCUGCAAAACUUAAAAAAGAAGAGGAAAAAGCUGCAAAAUUGAAGAAAGAAGAAGAAAAAAAUGCACAACUCAAGAAAGAGGCUGAAGAAAAAGAAAAGGCUGUAAACCUGAAGAGAGAGGCUGAAGAAAAAGAAAAAGCUGCAAAACUCAACGAAGAAAAAGCUGCAAAAAUCAAGAAAGGAGAAGAAGAAGAAAAAGCUGCAAAACUCAAGAAAGAAGCUGAAGAGAAAGCUGCAAAACUCAAGAAAGAAGCUGAAGAGAAAGCUGAAAAACUCAAGAAAGAAGCUGAAGAGAAAGCUAAACAAUCAAAGCAAGCAGAGGGAAAAAAUCAAGUUGAGGAGGAAAAGUCCAAAAAGCGGGAGGCUACGAAGGUGGAGUUGGAGAAACCGAAGUUAAGAUCAGUGAGGAAAGACGAAAAGGAGUCCUCCCUCUCCAAGCAGCAGAACGGCGGAGUGGCGCGCUCCGCCGAGGACCAGGAGCGCCUGGAGGCGGAGCGUAAGCUGGAGGAGCUGAAGCGGCGUCGUGACGAGGCGGACAGCGAGGAGUUUGAGAAGAUGAAGCAGAAACAGCACGAGUCUGAGGCCGAGCUGGAGGAGCUGAAGAAGAAGAGGGAGGGGAGGAAGAAGGUCAUUGAGGAGGAAGAGAAGCAGAAGAAGGCAGAGCUGGCUGAAAAGAAGGCCAAGGAGCAGGAGGAGAGGAAGAGGUUGAAGGAAGAGAUAGAGCAAAGAAGAAAAGACGCUGCAGAGAAGAAGAAACAGAUGAUCGAGGAAUCGGGCGACGGAGACAAGAAACCCUUCACAUUGGGUGUCACGCCCAAGGGCAAGAUUGGGGAGAGAGCAGAAUUCCUGAACCAGAGAGCCCAGAAAGGCUGUAAGACAUCACAUGCUCCCAUUGUCUCCAAGAUAGGCAACAGACUGGACCUAUACACUGCUGCAGUUCAGACCAACCGGGAUGUGAGGUCUCCUAAGUCUCCGGUCUCAGACCUGCCAGAGACACCAAGCAUCCGCAACAUCAAGAGCAUGUGGGAGAAAGGGAACGUUGGGGUGGCCACUGAAAGCCCCAAGCCUAUGAAUAAGGAUGCUGCUGAUAUUAAAGUGGGUGUGGCUGGACUGACCAAAGGCUGGGGCAAGAGCCCAGCAGACACUGGCAAGGCAGCUGCAGCCGCAGCUGAGAAGGCUGACGACCUGAAACCUGUUGAUGUGGGCAACAAGCGCAGCCUAUGGGAAACAAAAGGCUCCUCCCCUGCUAAGGUGACAGUUGGAGGCAAGAACAAAUCUGUCACAAAUGCAGGUGUGGGCCGCUAAUGAUCCAAAGUAUAAACCCUGAGGAAGAAGCCCAAACUGAUGAAAUACAAGACUCUACUCUGUGUAUUCAUAACCAAAAAUAUCUCCAUAACAGCCCUGCGGGGGUUGGCACCCAAAUUAUCGUUCAGUUCUGAACAGAAACAUUUUUCUUUUUUUUUCCGUUCCACUGUUCUGACCAGCAAGUUCUGAACCUGUUCGAAACCCCCCAAAAUAAAUAUAGCGUUCCUUUCUGUUCCUUUUUAAACCUCUAAAAUCUAUUUUUCUAUUUGACUUCACCAAUCAUUGCGGAUAGAGCAGCAUGCUAUGGAGUGGGCAAGAUAUAGUUGUUAACAUGCAUUGGACAGACAAGUGUAGGUCAAGAGAUGCAACUAAAAUGUUGCGGGUGGGGAGAGAUGGUGGAGGAGGAGGAGGCUUGGCUUGAAGUGCUGGGCAUCUUGUUAUGACAUGCAUUUUCUGAAUUAGACCCACAGAAUUAUAGGUACGGAGGAGCGGCUUCUAUGAAGGAACUUUGAAUGUCUUUGAACUUUCGAGAGUUGGCUUAAUGUUGGACUAGAGCUAUUCAGCUAGAUAACAAGCUUGUGUGUGCUAUAGUAUCCUUAACUAGCAAUGAAAAAGUUAAUCCAUUCUUCUCUACUAAAAAAAUUCUCUCCUUAAUUUCUGAAUCACGCUUGUAACAUCAGUAGGCUACAGUAGCCUAUGCUUCAGAGGGGGUGGGGCAUGUAGCCUACACACACAUAAACACCGGUGAAGAUUUUCAGCUGGCAGGCACACACUGGAAUACGUUUUUGAGUGUGGGCUUUGCAGAGGUGCUUUGUUUUUUUGUUUUUGUGGGACUGGAAAACAAUCCCCAGAAUGUAUAAAAUAACGUUAUUAAACAGUUCCCAUGCUUGAACAAUAAUGCUUCUGUUCCAGAACAGUAUACUGUAGAUCACUUUAAUUCCUGGUUCUGAUUCUGUUCAUCGAAAGAUGUCAUUCUUUUCCGGUCUGAUCCCUGAAAUGGUUCCAACCCCUCCAGCCUUUGCACAAUCCCUUGUACAUCCUCAUAGAAUUUAUGCUGUGAAAAUGACAUUUGGAAAUAAUUUAUGUUAGUGUAAUGACAAAUAUUGUAUCCCCCCACCCUUUUGGGCUCGACUUAAUUUCUUUGAUCAACAAAAGAAAUUCAAAGAAUAGAUAAAAAACCUUUAAAAAAAAACGUUUUCAAAGUUAUCCAAAAUGUAAUGCGUCUUCUGAAGAGAUACACUAAGAAUUGAAUAAGGUAUCUAUCCAAAUAGCCAUACUGAACUGAAUUUUGUUGUACUUUUAUUUUGUUCUAUUUUUCAAGAAAAGCUUCCAUAAGGUUGACAUUAGCUGGCAGUCUGAUCAUAUACAUGUACUACCUAUAUGUCAGGAUAGAUGUUUGUCACAUUCAUCACUUCGAUAUCUUUGCUCACAGUGUAAUGGUGACGUGAUGGUGUCAUUGUAGUGCAUAUUCACAUUAUUCAGGCGAACGGGGUAUUUUAGUUUUUAGUUAUGAAUUAGCAGUAUCCACGAUCACAGCUUUUUUGAGAUGUGUUCACAUUUUGUAUUCCAUUUAUGGAAAUAUCAAAAUGAGUUUUAUGGCAUCACAGCUGUUUUUUCCUCCCAAAUAUACUUUUCGUUGACUGAUACUUUGGUCCCGCUUAGCUGGGUUUGGGCUGAUAAGCCCCUAAAUACUUGACUUAUUUUAUGUUUACGGAUGUCAAUAUUCGGACUGCCACAUGGUCACGAGGAGGCUGUCCUAAUAUGGACACCGUAUACAUGUAUAUUGAAUGGCUCUGCUCUCCAGGUGACAUAAACCAUGAACGACAACUUAUUUCCCAAUAAGCACUGGUUGCUAAACUAACCCCCUCAAAAUCAUUUGAUAAAUAAUGCCCAGGACUGUAGCAAGAUUAUCAGAGGGUUAAUCACUCCUUGGUUGGGCUUAAAGGUCUCAAUGUAUAAUAAGGCUAUUGGUAAAGUAAGGACUAUCCAGGAAAGGUGUGACUGUUUGACUGAAGUUAACAAUCACCCAAAGAGACAGGAGUCAUAUCUCAUUGUUCCAUGAAAGAUAUUCACAAAUAAGCCAAAGAGACUAGUUUUUUUUAGACGAAAGUUUUAAACAAUGAGGAGGCAUAGAUGCCGUAAAGAGGCCAAUGGAACAUAGACCAUUGGGGGAUAGAAGAAGGACACCGGAUUGGCGCACGUUCAACAAAUCUCAAAUCAAAUUGGAUUGGUCAGGUACACGUGUUUAGCAGAUGUUAUUGCAGGUGUAGCAAAAUGCUUGUAAGAGCUAGAAGCGAGGUAGCCCUCUCUGUCGGAUAUAUUGUUGGAUAUAUUUGGCUGUCUAUGCUGCACAACAUUUAGAAGUAGUCCAUUUCCAGGUUUAGAAGAAGUGACUGCUAAAUGCUAACACCCGUUCGUAAAAGCUGGUAGCAUAGCUAGCAUAGAAAAAGCGGUGGUGGCAGUCAGUAGUUUUUAACUGUAAUGCAGUUGAUUGAUGAGGAUGACAUAUGUAUUGGGGUUGACAUCAAUACAAGCAUUAUACUCUGAUUAUUUUUUAUUUUUUACCUCAGCAUAGUUUCAAAGACAAUAGCCUAAAUGUAGGCACAUUUUCCUGGGGACAAUAAAGAGAUUCGGGAUCUUUCCUCCGUGGCUUCUUUCCCCUGUGCGUUUCCAUGGCAUUUCCAUUGUUUUGGUCGACUUCUAUUGACCUCAUUACCGCAUCUUAUCAUUUCAAAACCAAAUAUGUCAAAUGUUCUGGGGAUUCUUAAGUAUGUCCUCUUUUGUUUACACAUUUUCAAGUAAUUCAUUGUAUUUGAUUUUUUUUAAGGAUUCUUUGCAUCAUUUUGAAACACCAUGGGAAAUGUUCCCACAGAGUAACAUUAGCUGAGAUUUGCACCGUAUUGCAAGUGCAAAUAUACAGUUGAUUUUACUGAUGUAUACCAAAAUACAAUACUGUACUAGGCGUCUAAUUAAAAUGCAGUUCUUUACUCAUUGAUGUUUCACUUUAGCAUUCUGAGUAUGACGUGGUAUCAAUCUCUGUGAAUGCUCCUUUUUCUUUUAAACUUGAGGUAAAGGAGAGUAUUGUAAGUAAAGUAAGUCCUAAUGUCUAUUAUAAUGAACUGCAUUGUUCAGAGGUUUUGAUUCAAGAUUUUCCUUGUCCCCGCUACAUCAAUAAAACAAAUGUAAAAAGCUAA